AUGGCGGCGCAUACGGACACUGAAGCCGCACAAGUCGCCGCAUCUUCCUCUCCAUCCAUCACCCCAGAGUUCCUCACCGAAAAGCUCAAACAAUCCAUGAACAUAACCCAUAUCAGUAUGGAAGAUAUGUCUGGUGGUUGUGGACAAGCCUUUAACGCCAUCAUCGUGUCGCCAGACUUUGAGAAGAAAACGCUGUUGGCACGGAGUCGGCUGGUCAACGGGGUGCUAAAGGACGAGAUCAGGGCAAUCCAUGCCUGGACGCCGAGAUGUUUGACUCCAGAGCAGUGGCAAAAGGAGAAAGAGAGGAUAGGGUGA